AUGGCUUUCCCUGAGCGUGGUCGAGCUCAGCCGAAGCUCGAAGAUGCAGCAAACCCCUUCGACGAUCGUGAGCUUUUACGCUCGUUAAAUAAGCUGUCUCUUUCCACUUCCUCUUCGAAUUCUACGACGAGACCCUCGGCCUUGCGCAUAUCUCCCUCUCCAACCUCGAAUGCGCAAUCAAAUCGUUCAGAUUCAAGAUUGACUUCUAUUUCCCCUAGCGCUAGGGCGCCCUCUCGAAGUCCUGUAAACCGGGUUAAUUCGAACGGCCUCACCUCUCUCUCCCGAUCAACAACGCCGACUUUGUUACGAAAAACUUCAAUGAAUUCUCUACACUCCUCAAACGGGAUUACCCCGAGUCGCGCACCCUCACGUCGAGGUAGCUCUAAUCACCUCUCUCCAAUUGGCCCUAGGUCACCAUUGAACAUAGCGGAAUUCAGGGAGAAGCCGGCUCUUACUGCCUCUUCUGUGGCAGGUUCGUAUAUGAAAAAGGAACUGGAAUUGCUUCAUAGCGAAUCGACAAGCUACCAUCCAGAAACUAUAGUCAUUCUAAAUGAUGCAUGCUAUGGACAUCGAUAUUCGAGACCUCGCGCUACCAAGGGCGACUUGAAUAGCAUUGUCGAACGACCUGAGAGAAUCCAAGCGAGUGUACUUGGUGUAUCAAUGGCAUAUGUUCGACUCGGGGAACGACAUUGCGACGGAAGAUAUCCUAUCUACCCCGAGCUUGAUCCCACCUCGAUCCCCACUAUCCCUUUUCAUAUCCGUAAGACCAACCGCACUCUUGCACUGGAUUCAGCAGCAGUGACCAAUGUUCAUGGAACGAAGUGGAUGGAAGAACUGAAGAUUAUGUGCGAAUCCGCCGAAGCGAAACUCGCCCUAAACACGAACGAGUUACGCAGACCUGAAAUAAAUAGGGGAUCACAUGCAAGCCCUCCUCAGGAGCUCCACAAGGGGGACCUUUACCUAUGUUCGGAGUCCUUAAAUGCAUUCGAAGGCGCGCUCGGGGCCGUUUGCGACGCCGUAGAUGGAGUUUUCAACGACUCUCCAUAUAAGCGUGCCUUUGUUGCCGUGCGUCCUCCCGGGCAUCAUUGUUCUGCGUCCCACCCGUCAGGUUUCUGCUGGGUCAACAACGCACAUGUGGGUAUUAUGCACGGGUUCUUGAAUCAUGGAUUGACACAUGCGGCAAUAAUCGACUUUGAUUUACACCACGGAGACGGUUCCCAGGCCAUCGCUUGGGACCACAACAAGCGUAGCUUUGCAGCAACAAAGAAUAUGUCUGCAUGGAAAAGAACGUCCAUUGGAUAUUUCAGCCUUCACGAUAUCAACUCCUAUCCUUGCGAGUACGGUGAUGAUGAGAAAGUUAGGAACGCCAGUGUCUGCGUGGAAAAUGCGCAUGGACAAUCUAUAUGGAACGUUCAUUUACAGGAAUGGAAGUCAGAUGUAGAGUUCUGGAAGUUAUAUCAGUCCAAAUAUUCGAUUCUCUUAGAAAAAGCUCGAAGUUAUCUUCGAACGCAGACUGAACGAUAUCGCGCUUCUGGUCAGGUGCCUAAAGCCGUCAUCUUUUUGUCUGCUGGCUUUGACGCGAGUGAAUGGGAGGGCGCGGGAAUGCAACGACAUAAAGUUAAUGUCCCAACCGAAUUCUAUGCUCGUCUUACUCGAGACGUGGUUAAGCUUGCAUCUGAAGAAGGGCUUAGUGUUGAUGGCCGGGUUAUUAGCGUUCUCGAAGGCGGUUAUAGUGACAGGGCCUUAUAUUCAGGUGUUUUCAGUCAUCUGAGUGGUUUGGCUGGUGACGACUCUACUCCGGUAAAGGAAGAAAUUCCCAAUGGACUCGGUUAUGAGAUGGGCAAUAGGGUUGGCUCGCUCAGCAGACGAAAUACCUUGACUGGGCAGGGCAUCGCAGGAUUCCCAUAUGACCCAAACUGGUGGUCUGGUUCUGAACUUGACCAAUUUGAUGCUUUCGUGAAUGCACCACCUAUAGAACAGCCUAGAAAGUCGCGAGCUUUCGUGCCUGGGAACUAUUCUUCCCCGACACAUGCAUCAAGCGCGAAGGCAGUCGAUCCCACUAAAGUCCGACGGAGCGUGUCGGGAUAUUCUCAGUUAUCCGUUUCCCGGCCCCCAACUCCACCUCUACCUGAUGUACCUUGGACUGCUGCUGCUCAUGAGUUAAGCAAGCUGCUCAUUCCGAAAGACCGCCAGGUUAACAGCUUUAAGUUUGAGGAGCUGAAUGCUGGUGCAACUAAAGCUAAACAUGAACGUCAAUCUCUUCCUCAGAGCGGCUCAACUAGUGAUGAUGCAGCUCCAACUGUAGCCCCUGUAAGGAAGUCUCAACGGGAGAGAAAGCCGGUUAAGUAUGCUGAAAGCGAAGACCCAAAAACACGUAGGAAAACAGUUGGGGGGUCGUCUAUCCUCGCCACGGAGAAGGCUCUCGCUCGAGGGAUUCCUACACAAAAUGGCUCCGGACAACCUCGAAAUCUUGGUGCGGUAGUCGCAAUUAAUGAUGUACCCGGUGCACUACCAAGGCCUAGUACCUCACAAACCAUUCGCCCCGAAUCAUCCAUGAGUGUGCGAACUCAGGCAUCCACCGCAUUGAACGUGAAGAAGACUAGACCGGUGGUGCCCCCUAAAAAGGAGAGCGUUAGGGCACCAAGAAAGACCAAAGCCCCAGUGGUCAAAACUGAGGAUACUUCACAACCUACGAGAAAAGAUAUACCAGUUGAUUCGUCCGGAGAUUCAGCCGCAAUCGUGAAGAAUUCUUCAGCCGAUAUAGAAAAGAUUACUGGUGGUAUGAAAAAGAUUAAAAUCAACGUGCUCACCAAGGAGAAGAAAGAAGCUAGGCAAAAAGCCGAAGCCGAAGAAAAGGCUAGAAGGGAUAAUCAAGUCAGCCAGGAAUCGAAGCCGAUCGAGAGUCCCAAAUUUUCCGAUUCCGCAAUUGGAAUAUACCCUUCGCUGCCAGUCGCAGGCGAAGGUGAGCAUGCAACCAUACUACCCUCACAACCCAAUGCUGUGUAUGGCGAUGAGAGAGUUUCAAAAUUGGGCACCGGAUUACCCAAUAUAUUGCCAAUCCAAUCAGAGAUUGAGCGAUUCAGUCCAGCAAAUGUACCAACUAUCUUAACACCAGCUGAACCCGACCAAUCAGAGUUCCCCCCGAGUCCUCCGGAACAACUCACUCCAGAGACGGGUGAAAGCAAGGCGACUUUUAUGCAGUAUCAACAUAGUGAACAGCUUCCAGCUACCGUUCCGUUUUCUAGCCCAAUCCGUAUGCCGGAGCCUAUUACUAGUUCACCAGCUCGACAAAAUGGAAGUCGGAUUCCUACGUUUAGCGCAUCGUCAGUCCCUUCGAGCCCGGCGCAAAAUGGUGGACACGGGUUCACCUCCACGUCAAACAUACCCUUUGCUCCUCGAUCGAUCCAGGAGUCUUGGUCAAAGCCGAGAAACCAUGUUCCGGUUCGAGCACGGCCUCAAAGCAAAGGUGAAACAAAAGAUGGAGGUAUUUGGGAGAUACCCGAGACACCACAACGCUACUAA